AUAAAGUGGGUCGAGAAUAGAGAGAGAAAGUUGGAUUGGCGCGCGGGAAGUAUUAGGAAAGGUCAGAUAGAGAGAGAAAGAGGAGAGAGAGAGAUGAAAGUAAAGCUUUGAGGUUAUAUCGGCAUUGCGCGAGAGAGAAAGAAGCGUGGUAAAUAGCGCAUUUCAGGUGGGCGAAAAGAGAGGGGAAGUGAAGGUCAUGGCAUAGGGAGAGGGGGAAGGAUUCCAGAGAGAGAAGUGUGGGGUGGCGGUGGUGAUAAAUCUGGCAAACCUUGGGGGGCUUAGGGCACGGUCAUCGUGGAGGCAAGCAGUUGAAGAGGGGGGCGACGAGGAGGAUUGCAGGCCUUGGCGUCGAAGGCUCAGGCUCGUCACCACCAUGGCCUUCACCCCUAUUAAUGUCCUCCGCCUCCUCCUGCUCCUCCUCCUCUUAUGCACCAUCACUGUUGCCUGUCUUACCCUGCCCAUCGAAAAGUUGGUGCCCUCUAUACAGAUUGGGAGGGCAUAUGUUAUUUCCAAGUUGAAGGAUUAUCCACAGUUUCAGGCAGUUGCUAUUGCAAUUCAGAGAUCUGGCUUUAAGAUUGUGCUGCUGCUUCGGCUUGUCCCCUUACUUCCGUUCAACAUGCUGAACUAUCUCCUUUCUGUGACUCCUGUUAGCAUUGUUGAAUAUAUGCUGGCUUCUUGGCUGGGAAUGAUGCCAAUUACACUUGCCUUGGUGUAUGUUGGGACAACUUUGAAGGACUUAUCUGAUGUUACACAUGGAUGGAGUGAGAUUUCGACUACUCGUUGGGUGGUUCUUGUAUCUGGUCUUGUAAUUUCAGUGGUUCUUAUGGUUCUUGUUACUAAAGUGGCGAAGUCAUCUUUGGAGAAAGCACUGGAGGCAAAUCCAGAGGUCGAGAGUGUUUGGACCCCACCUCAAUUACCUACUCUUGCAGAGGCUGCAUCGGAUCUAAAUCAGCCCCUCAUAAUCAAGAUUGAUACUGCUGAUCAUGAGAAGUGAUGUCUCUCCAUCCAUGUAUAUUCUUUUCUUCUCUACUACCUCUGUUCAUUUCAUAGUAGCAAAUAUUGAUGCCAUGGUGAGAAUGCAUUUUUUUUUCUCAUUUGUUUAAAGCAUUGUCUUUUUUUCUACCACACCAUUGUUAUACAAGUGAAGACUAUAAAUUGAGAGAAAUGAUAAAACAGUUCUACAGAUCCAACUCAAAUGACAUGUAUUUCAAGUUCUUCUAGGGAAUACGCCCAGGAAGUGUAAUGCACACUAGCUUCGCAUAAGAAGGUACCUAUUUACCCCA